GAGCUGCCUGAUCUGGCAACUGUGAUAUUUGCUCUAGUCAUUUGCCAUUACAAUUAUAGCAAAGUGCCCCAUGGGGAUGUCUUAAAAGAGAUUGGGAAAUUACAGCAGAUUCAAAAUGCAGCAGCAAGACUCUUCUCAGGUGAAACAUACAACUAGACACAUAGAUUCGAGUGCCCACAUGAUCACCACAGCAAGGGUACCUGCUGAUAAACGGAUACGAAUUGCCUUCAGUUUAAAUGAUUCACCAGAUGAUUCACCCCCAGAGAAUGCCUUUCCUUUGGCUUUUCCAGAUCUAGAACAGCAGCUUCAGCCCCUGCCUCCCUGCCAUGACUCAAAGGAAUCUAUGCAGGUGUUCAAACAACAUUGCCAAAUAGCAGAAGAAUACUAUGAAGUCAAAAAAGAAAUUGCACUGCUUGAAGAAAGAAAAAAAAAGUUGAUCACUAGGCUAGAUGAAGCUGAAAAAGAGAACAGGGAUGCUGCACAGUUAACGAAGGAGUAUGCAGAUCUGACAGAAGAGAACCGGACACUGAAGUUGACCCAGACACAAUGUGUAGAACAGCUGGAGAAGCUUAGAAUACAGUAUCAAAAGAGACAGGGAUCAUCAUAACCUGAAUCAACAUAUCUGGGCCAAUAAAAAAUGCAAAUCUUGAGUCUGCUGGGUAAAGGGAUUUUUUUUCUUUCUCUGUCUCAAAGAUUCCUUCUAAAGAGUUGGAACACUUAACUUGCAGACUAUACAAGCAUCUAUAUUUAAUGUAAUGCUUUCCAGCCACUAGCUAAAUAUGGAUAUUGGAUAUUUUAUUUCAAGUAGCAUAGUUAGAGGCUUAUCAGUCCCUAUUAUAUAUGCAAAUGGAUCAAGUUUCUGUUCUAAAGAUAUUUCUUUCAGUUUUAAGAAGGUUUAAGUGCAUUAGAAACUGGUAUGAGUCAUCUCUGUUGGAGGAUACAUUACACUAAGAUGUAUGGCAGGAAGAAUGUUAAAAUGGGGCAGGCUGUAGCAAUGCUGUCUUCUAAAUUUGAACUAAGAAAACUGGGAAAAAACUUUGCAAGAGAGGUAAAAAGAUACUCAAAUAUGGAAGAAUAUUUAAAAGUUAGCAGCAUAGUACCUAAAUCACUUUCUUUGUCAAGCUACAGCUAAAAAAAUUAUAAACAAAUUAUUUGGCAGUAACCUCCAAGAUAUUAAAUAAUAUUUCAAUUUAGAAUUUCAGUAUAAAUUGACAAAGUAACAUGUACAUUGUUAAACAAUAAAGGGAAAGAUCUAUGUUGUACAACGGUAUUAAACUUCUUAAAAGUAAAUCCUGUUGACUUUAAUGGCAUUUUUGGUUUAAAAUUUAGUUAGGCAUUAUUCCCAAAUAAAGGCUUGAGGAUUUAAUAUUUGACAUCAAAUUCAAAAUGUAACAAAAUGAACUACUAUACAUUUUUUUAGAAAGAAAUUGAAAUUGUUACCCUUUCUGUGUAUAGCAUAAGUAUUCUUUUAGUUGUAAUUUUGUACAGGAAGUCAUCUCUAUUAACACUCAUGCUACAUAUAAAAGUCACUAUACGUUUGAAACAACAUAUGGUUGCGACCACACUCUAAUUAAAAGCAGUGUUCAACGUGUUGUGAGAACCAGCCUGUUUCCAAGAAAGUGCAUGUUCAAACCACAUUGGAUCAGUUUGUUUCCAUUUCUCUUUUUUGUAAAAGUAUCUUCAAUACCACAAAGUAAUCAGACUUAUAAUGCUGGAAGGAAUAGGGAUCAUUCAUCCAACUUGUGCUCUGAAACUAUUUUUCAGACCAGGAAAAGCACACAAUUAUUUCAACAGUAUAAUAAAAAGAAUUAUUAUACAUUUCUAUGAAAGUAAAUUAAUAAGACUUGCAAAAGCAAAUUUUAUCAGGAGUUUUGUUCCAUCUUCCUUCCCCAUACAGUCAAAUAGGGCUAAAGAUUAGCUACUUAAAGAAAAAAAAUCUUAAAAUUCUCCCCCACCUUUCCAUGCCAGCCAAACUGCCAGGACUCUAUUCCACAUGACAAUUAAGUAUGUCAACACAAUCUAUGAACUGUUUUCUUUCUGAUUUGUUCAUAACAAAGUAGCAUUACAAUCAUAAUUGGAAUAGGCAAAAAAUGCCACUGAAGAAAAUAUUUUUGCCAGUUUUGUUCAUGGUGUUGUUAAAACUUAUGUUGCUGUAAAAUGACAAACUUAAGAAAGUUUGUGUUUUACUUUAUAAAAAUCUAUUGUUCUGAGGCUUCAGAAACUACAGAAAUGUAAUAUGAUACAUAUGUGUCUGUCAGGUACAGAAAAACUAUGCCAUCAUCAUAUCCUUCCAGAAUUAUAGGCUGAGGAUUAGUCCAAACCAGAAUUUGUAUAGAAAUGUAUAUGAUUCUGAAUACAUACUUUAAAAUAAAUUCAGUAGUAUUAAAUUAGCCUUACUUCUAAACACAUAAGGCUAGGAUCAAGAAUCUAGAAAUUAUUUGUAAAAAAACAACAAAAGUAACACAGAGACAUGAGGUGAAUAAUUUUAUUAUAUGAUUGUCCAUUGGAAUUUCAACCCUACGGUACACACAUGACUUGAAAGUAAAUUCGAGUUGGGAUUUACUUUUUGGUAAUUUGUUUAGGUUGGUAAUGAAAAAAUGGUUUAGUCUUACAUCCAUAUUUUGGUGAACUUUCUAGAAAAAUGGCCGAUCUUAGAUAAAUAUUUUAAAUGUUUCAUUUCCUUCUUUUUCUCCACAAACUUGUUUUCCUUGAAUCUGCUAAAAUGUCUUUGUUAUAUUGUUGUUCUAUUCGCACAGUAUUUUUUUCAUUAAAAACAAUUUUAAAAACA